UUUCAUUUCACAUGGCCAUUCCGGGCUCUGCGGGGUCAACGUUUCGGGCAAUUAGGGCUCAGGGCAAUGACCCAAGCCCUGCUUACCGCUUCAGGACGGACAGGCUGACGCGGAGCCUCCCGCAUGGCGUCGGCCUCGCCUUCAUGAUAAGCGGGCAUCUCAGCGGAGAAAGAGGAAGACAGGAAGACAGGAAGACAGGACGGAGAGCGCAUCUCGCACCACCACGCUGCCAUGACAUGACAUGACAUGACAUGACAUGACACGAUCGACACUCCGCCACAUCUAUCCCCGUCCAAAUUGAUCGGAUCCUCCGAAGAGGGGUUGUUGCAAUCACCUCCACCACCCGCCACAUCACCAUGUAUCACCUCGCCAAGUCGCUGUACAUGUACGCUACGAGUAAAGAGGAAUACUCCGUCCUCCUCCUUGGCCUCGACAACGCCGGCAAAACCACCCUCCUCUCCCAGAUCAAAGCCCUCUACCAGCCCCCGCGCGCCGAUGGCAGCCUCCCGACCUCGCUCCUCCCCGCCAGCAUCGGCAAGACCGUCCCCACCGUCGGCCAGAACGUCGCCACCAUCUCGCUGCCGGACAUGUACCUGAAGAUCUGGGACGUGGGCGGCCAGAUCUCCAUGCGCAACCUCUGGCAGAGCUACUACACCAGCUGCCACGCCAUCAUCUUCGUCGUCGACAGCGCCGACGUCGGCCAGGACCCGGACAUCACGCGCCUUCCGCAGCGGCGCCGCGCGAGCGGGGGUGUUGCCGCCGAUGCCGACAAGACUGCCGCUGCAGACGCGGAGCAGCAGGACGAGGACGAGGACGAGGACGAGGACGGCGCCGACCUCGGAGCCACCUCCCCAACACAGAUCACCUUCACGGCCGAGAACGUCGGGAUCAACGCCCCCGGGAGUGACUUCGGGCGGCUGGACGAGUGCCGGCGGGUGCUGGAGUCGGUGCUCAAGCACGCCGACGUGGCCGGGGUGCCCAUCCUGGUGCUGGCCAACAAGCAGGAUCGGGAGGACUCGGUCGAGGUCGUCCGCAUCAAGGAGGGGUUCGUGCGCAAGGUGUUCGAGGGGGAGUCCGGGGCGGGCGUGCGCGACAGUCGCGUGCUGCCGGUGAGUGCGCUGAUGGGGUCCGGCGUGCAGGAGGCGGUGGAGUGGGUGCAGAGUCGUGUGAAGUGGAAUAAGGAGGGUCGGCCGCCGGUGAUGCGGUGAUUGUCCCCAUCUAUACUUCUGUCGGGCAUGCCCCGUCUUCUAAUCCUCACCUCCGGUGGGAAAUCCCGCCCUUUUGAAAUAUCUUUGUUUUGUCGUUCGGCGCCUGGGAGCAUCCUGUUUAUGAGAGAUACCUAACCUGAUUGAAAUGAUUUCUGCUUCUGUGUGAUUCUUGAUGAUACCUGUUGGAGUUCCCAUGUGCUUAGCCACCUUAUUGCAUCGGUCAAUAGAACUAGAUACAAGUCGAGA